GAGGGUCAAUGCUUUCUUAUGUCUUAUAAAUCAUUUCAAUCAGAGACUUUUUAUUUUACCACACAGUGACUUAUGUGUCGUUUUUCUUUGAUGUGGAUGAGUGGUUUUGGUCCCUUGUGUCUUGUUUAGUUUUAUUUUUUUGGGUAAUGGUCUGGUUUUAGGUUUUUAUUCUUUGUUUGUUUGUUUGGGGCAGAGAACUGGGUUGUUGACCUAAACUAGGUCGAUGAUAAGGAAUUUGUGUUUUUUUUUAGGUUCAGUUUGUAGUGGUUUUGGCAAGUGGGUGUGUGCGAAUAAUGGGUGGUUCUAGGGUUUUCAUGUGUUAUUGUUGAAUCUGCUUGUGGAUUCGUCUUUGCUGUUUUGGUGGGUUACUGGGAAUUUCGCUAAAGGUUUUAACUUUGGGGGGAGAGAAUGAAAAGAAGCUACAUUGUGAAUCCAUUUUGAUGUUGUUGGGAUAAAGGGUAGAAAAUUUUGAAACCAGAUUAGAGUUUAGUGGAAACAAUUUUAUUUUAUUUUUUUAAAUUUUUUUCCUGGGGUUUUGUAUCUUGUUGAUGCAAGUGCUCUGGUUUGAGGCCAAUUGUUUCUGUAAUUGUCAGAAUUGGAAGCCUCAUUUGGUGCUGCUUAAGGAUUUCAGCGUGAUACGGUGUUUCAGAAGGGUUUGAUUGGGUUUCAAUUGAACUCAGAUCUGUUCAUAACUCGGUUCUGUUCUGGAGGAGUUGUUCUCUUUUUGGGAUUUGAGUAAAUGGCUUGUAUGAAAUUGGGUUCCAAAGCUGAUGCAUUCCAGCGUCAAGGGCAGGCCUGGUUCUGCACGACUGGCCUUCCUAGUGAUAUAGUUGUUGAAGUUGGUGAGAUGUCUUUCCAUCUUCACAAGUUUCCUUUGCUCUCUAGAAGUGGGGUUUUAGAAAGAUUGAUUGCCGAAGCUUCUGAAUCAGAGGAAGAAUGUGUCAUACACCCCCCUGACAUUCCAGGCGGGGCCAAAACAUUUGAGCUGGUGGCAAAAUUCUGCUAUGGUGUGAAACUUGAACUUACAGCAUCAAAUGUUGUGUCUCUCUGGUGUGCUGCGGAGCAUCUUGAAAUGACUGAGGAAUAUGGUGAAGGUAAUCUUAUUUCGCAGGCCGAAACCUUUUUCAAUCAAGUGGUCCUCCGAAGUUGGAAAGACUCUCUGAGGGCCCUUCAAACCUGUGAUGAUGUUCUGCCCAAUGCCGAAGAGCUCCACAUUGUGAAAAGGUGCAUUGAAUCACUUGCAGCAAAGGCUUCUACUGACCCAAAUCUAUUUGGGUGGCCAGUACUGGAACGUGGAGGGCCGUUGCAGAGCCCUGGUGGAAGUGUUUUGUGGAAUGGAAUAAGUACUGGGGCAAGACCAAAGAAUUCAAGCUCAGAUUGGUGGUAUGAGGAUGUACUGAAUUUGAGCUUACCUCUUUAUAAGAGGUUGAUAGCUGUCAUGGAAUCUCGGGGCAUUAGGCAGGAGAUAAUUGCCGGUUCUCUUGCUUUUUAUGCUAAAAAGUAUCUGCCUGGGUUAAAUCGACGUCAGGUUUCUGGUGAGUCCAGUACCCGUUUGCCACUGGGGUCUCCUCCAUGUGAAGAAGACCAGAAGAUUCUGCUGGAAGAGGUUGAUAGGUUACUCCCAAUGCAGAAGGGCCUGGUCCAAACAAAGUUUCUGUUUGGUUUACUUCGAACAGCCAUGAUUCUAAGAGUGGACCCCUCUUGCAUAUCAAAGUUGGAGAAACGGAUUGGGAUGCAGCUUGAUCAAGCUACUCUGGAAGAUCUCUUGAUGCCAAAUUUCUCAUAUUCAAUGGAGACACUUUACAAUGUUGACUGUGUGCAAAGAAUUCUUGAACAUUUCCUUGCCAUGGAUCAGGUUACAGGUGCUGCCUCUCCGUGCUCAAUCGAUGAUGUCCAGUUGAUUGGAUCACCUUCACUGACACCAAUCACCAUGGUAGCCAAGCUGAUUGAUGGUUACCUGGCAGAGGUUGCCCCAGAUGUUAACUUAAAACUUCCUAAGUUUCACGCCCUUGCUGCUGCUGUUCCAGAGUAUGCCAGGCCAUUUGAUGAUGGUUUAUAUCGUGCCAUAGACAUUUAUUUGAAGUCUCACCCAUGGUUGGUGGAGUCAGAGAGAGAGCAACUAUGUAGGCUGAUGGACUGCCAGAAACUCUCAUUAGAAGCAUGCACACAUGCUGCACAGAAUGAGAGGCUACCCAUCAGAAUAAUAGUUCAAGUUCUAUUUUUCGAGCAGCUCCAGCUUCGGACCUCAAUUGCCGGUUGCUUUCUAGUUUCAGAUAAUCUUGAUGGAUCAAGACCGUUAAGAAGUGGUUUUGUUGGAUCUAAUGAAGGUGGCUGGGCGUCAGCCGUGAAGGAAAAUCAGGUUUUGAAAGUGGGAAUGGAUAACAUGAGGAUGAGGGUAUCUGAGCUUGAGAAAGAGUGCUCAAACAUGAGGCAGGAGAUUGAGAAAUUGGGUCGUGCAAAGGGAUCAAGUACAUGGGGAACUGUGUCUAAGAAGCUUGGGUUUAAGAUAAAGUCUCAGAUGUGCAGUGCUCAAGAAGGAUCAGUUAGCAAUCAGAACAAUGGAAAUAGUAAGGUUGAGAAGUUGAAGGACAGACAAGUAAAGCACAAGAGAAGUUCUUCUGUUAGUGACAAAGCAUCGGUCUCUUCAAUUGUUCCUUCGUAGUGUCUACAUGUUCAUUUACUCAAAGGUGGUUUUUCUCUCUCUCGUGUUACAGUGUUAUAAACAGUUUCUUUGCCUCUGCAUUUCAAGCAAGUGUAAUUGAGAUGGAAACAAAGGUCACUGUGUAUUCUGUAAUUCUAGACCAUAGUUCUAGCUUUUUUUUUUUCUCUUCUUUUUCUUUGUCCCACUGUCUUUGCAUAUAAAAUGUGUAUGCACAUUAUGCCU